UCCUCCGCCGCUCUCACACACAGAGACACACAGAGACACACAGAGAGCUGCAGCAGCAGAGCCAGGUGAGGAGGACUAGGUGAAACUCCGCGGACACGUUAACGUUACUGAAUUGACGACCAUAAUGAACGUUACUGUAAGUGUCAUAAACCUUUGGAGUAAAAACGAAAUCAAUUUAUUAAAACUUGUGUUUAACAAACAAAACGUAAUUUGACUGAGGUGACGCACGUUCACCGGCCGUCUCUCAUCCACAGCCGGUCUGUUUACAGCCUCAGCUCUCUGUCUGGUUACUGCAUGGAACCUCGUUUAUUUUAAAAGUUAGGUAUCCCAUGUCUGAAAAGGCCAGAAAAACCAUGCAGCUCCCCCAGACUCCCACCUCCCUCUAUCAGGGUACCCUCCAGACCCCCACCUCCCUCUAUCAGGGUACCCUCCAAGCAGUGAAUCUGCUCAGAUAAGCAACACAGGGAGGGAUUGAUAGUACGACAGGUGAUUGACAAUUUUCUGUGCCCUACACAUUUUUUAAUCCAGAGUUACCGUUUUGCUAAGAGGAAUAUGUUAGUUUAUAUGGUGACUUUGCUCUUUUUGCUCUUGAAACAACAUGUUGUAAUAUAAAUAUUGUGAACUCAUAUGAAUAUUACUUUUACUCUUUUUAAGCAUAAUCAAAAAUGAUGAGAAUGGAUUGAGUACUAGACGGUUUGCUGUUGUUUCAUGAAAAGGUCACAGUUUAGCCACAUUGCUGAAUUUGAUCCUUUUGGAUGGGCUGCCAUGGCCGUGAAAAGGCCAGCCAAGUUGCGAGUUAUUCGUGCAGUGAUAAAGGACAAAAUGGACAAGACUUUUUCACUACGAAGACAGGACGUUGUGGGAAAGGAAUCAGGAGUGGAAGAGAUGAAAGAGAGAUGGCCUGCAUUGUUCACAAUGGAUGAGGUCAAUGCUGAAUUCAUGAGGAUCACAACUGUUCCACUUCAACCGCGAUUCCUGGCUUCCUUGGACAAGCACCACAGCAAGCUGAUUGACAUCAUCAGAAACAAGGGAGGAGUUGUCAGGGAGAAGACCCGGAACAUACUGAAAGUUCUUGAUCAAAGCCUCGAGGUGAAUCAAAAAAGAGAGUGUCUGCUGAAGUGCCUUAUUCUGUACCUUGGGGAAGACGUGGACAAACUUAUCAAGGAGUAUCUGGUUGUGCAGAAGGAUGAAGCUGAAACCGAGCUUGAGAGGUGUACAAUGGCAGUGUUUGUCAUCAGGGAGGAGGAGGAUCCUCUCCAGCCACCACAUGACAUUGGGAUUGUUCUUGAAGGUGUGGAAGUCCUUAAUGAGUUGCCAUCGGUCGCACAUGCAUGUGCAAUGGCACUUUGGUUUCAUCUAUGCUCUAAACUUGAGCUAUCCAGGUGA